AUGUGACGUCAAGAAAUGAGGCAAUGACAAGACAUGCAAUUAAUUCAUUUCUUUCCUAUGGCUGGGUGAUUACCUGACAUGUCGUAAAACAAUAUGAUGAAUGAGACCAGGAGACAACGCUCGUUUAUGUCUCCUUUACCGAAUGUUUUUGAUGUUUCUAUUGUGAAAUAGGCUAGUUUUUAUGUGUGAAAAUCUUAGAAAAGUUUAAUAAUCUAGUGUUAGUUUUUGUGUGAUGUUUUCACUAAAUAAUUGGAUUAAUUCUUUGUGCUUCUGUCGCCGCCGGAUUUCAGUAUGAACAACUUUACAGCUUUUUAGGGUGUAGUUUUGGAACCAUAUAUACUAAAAUGAAGCUGCUAGUGAUAGUUAUAAGUAUUUUUGGAAUACAGCAAAUUAUAGGCGGAUUUGUCAGGAAUACGAGAUAUAAACGGUCAUUUUUAGGGUCUGAUCAACUGGACAGGAAAGGACGAAAAUGUCACGACUUUUGUUCAAUGAUUCCCGAGCUGUGUCGGAAUGGCGGUACGUGUGUAACGGACGAAAAUACGUGUAUAGGAAAAUGUAUAUGUGCCCCGGGUUGGACGGGCCAAUGGUGCCGUGAUCCUUUUAUAAUUCCUGAUUUUAGAGAAGAUUUGAUCAAAGAAAAUGAUGUAACUACUGCGAGUGAUUUAAAUGAUAUUGUAGAAAGUCCUCCGUCCGCUAAAGUUGCACGUGCAAUGGAAAGCACGAGUCUUGUGGACGAAUUACGCGAUGGUAUUUUGAAAGAACUCCGCGGUAGAUUCUUUACACUAAGACCUUUGUUUUCCUCCACUAGUACUCCGUCGAAAAGAGCCAUUGUUGGUUCGUCGGCGGCUGCGAAUGAAUCUAUAGAUCCUGAUGACGAUUUGGCAAUGAGAAAGACCUGCGAGAAAAAUUGCGUUAAAGGCGACUGCAUAAAGAUUAAUGCUAUUUAUAAAUGUAAACUGCGCGUGAACGCCACGGAUAAAAGUAUUCCAAAAGUUUGUGGCCCGGGCUUUGAGUGUGAUCAUGGUGUGUGCGACUUGGAAGCCCUGAAGACGAACUCGUAUAAUUGUAUCUGUGAGAGUAAUUAUGUAGGUCAGUUCUGCACGUUGAAAUGUCCCUAUGACUGCGGCGAGCACGGGCAUUGUGAUAUACACGUGGCUGACAAUACAUACAAAUGCUUCUGUCAGUGGAACUACACGGGACUUAACUGUUCGGAGCUCGUGCCAGAAGAUCCUGGAACACCACCACCGGACGAAGUGAUAUUUCACUGGUACGUGGUAGGAGUGUCGGUUGCCAUGGUGAUUGUGAUGAUAUCAGCAGUGUUUGUUGUAGCAUAUUUCAUGUGGAGGCGGCGGCUUGUUUUUAUGCUGAAGAUAGUACACUACUUCCAACACUAUGAGGAGGACGACGGGAAGGAAUAUGACGCCUUUGUCUCCUACAAGUCCUGUCCUAGAGACGAACAGUUUGUCCUCCAUCAGCUGUUUCCUAAACUAGAGGGUGAAUACAACUUUAAACUCUGUAUGCACUUCAGAGAUUUCUUACCAGGAGAAGCUAUUGCAAACAACAUUGUGUCGGCAAUAGAAAGCAGCCGUCGGACGAUAAUGAUUCUGUCGCCGGAGUACGUCCAGUCGGAGUGGUGCCGCAUGGAGUAUCAGAAAGCACAGCACGAGAUGCUCAAGCUAAAACACAAAAUCAUCCCAGUCGUACUUGCAGACCUCUCAGAGGUCAAGAACAUUGACAAAAACCUAAAAUCUAUCAUGAACAGUGUCACUUAUCUAGAAUGGCCUGGACAAGAGAACACUAAAAAGGCUGAAAGGUUUUGGAAAAAACUGGAACUCUCAUUACCGAAGAAAUCAUCACAGCCCUGUUCACAGUCAGACUCGGUCCCGUCUGAUUCAUUCAAAGAGCCUGUUCCAGAAAGUACUAUGACGUCAUCAGAGCUAGUUCCCUCUAGUGCUACAAACUCUCCCAUUUCACCUGGUCGUGAUACAAUAUGUCGGUCAAGAGCCGAAUCACCUACACCAUCUUCAGAACUUACGGAUAAUAACUCACCAAGAUUUCAGAAAAAUAAACGAAAAGACUUCAAACAUUUUAUGGAUAAGCUGGUUCGAACCAAGUUGUUCAGUAGACAGGAUAGCAACAGUAGUCAAGCUGACCUCGUGGAUGACGACACGGUGGCUUCUCGAAGUAGUUGUGGUUCGGUAUCAGAAAGCACGCUUAGUGAAAGCACUGAGUCUAUAUGUUCUACUCCUGACACUGGACAUGUAUUCCUGAAUGAAAUAAAUGAGGAUAUAGAAGCAAAUGCUUUUAUACCUUCUGUACAUAGUGAUACGGAUUUAAGAAUAGUUAAAGGACAUUCACUAGAUCGAAAUACAAAACGAUAUUUUGAUAGACGUCGAAGAAUUAGUGAAAAGUUAAAACCAAGUAAAAGAAAUAAAGAGUGUCUUGUUAGCUCAGUUUGUGAGAAGGAUCAUUGUGAGGGAGUUCAGUGUUCAAAUUGUACGAAAUUCUGCGAAAACAAAACACAUUGCUAUGAAAGAAAUUCACAAGAAUUUCUUAACAAAGGUUUCGAAGAUGAUACAAAAGACAAUAUUGAAUGUGAUUAUUGUUUGUAUGAACGGAAUCGGUCAGAUAAUAAUAGAAUCCGCAUAUCUGCAGUUGAUGGCAGUGACCAGCUCCGAAUACAAAGAUUGUCACGUGACAAUUCUUCAUGUCCAUAUUGUGAUCACGUGAUUAGCCGAUCUCAGCCUUAUAGAGGUAGUGUUAAACAACAUAAAGAUGCUCAAAAUUUUGAAAUUAUGAUACAAAAGCGGAAACGCAAUGCAUCUCUUCCACGAAACUACAAGAGAAGCACUAUACAAAAUCGAGAUGGUACCUUAAAUACUCGAGACUUACGUGCAGGUACUCAUGUAAAGAAAAGUGAAAAUAGUGAAAACAGUUAUUAUAUCGACGUUUGUGAGGACGUUUGAAAAAAAAGUAAAAUACGUAUAUACCAAACUUAGGUAGCCGCAAAAACAUGUUUCUUUCAUUCACGGUCACUAUAAGCGUGAGAGAUGUCAAAGCAAGACAACAGUUUUGGAUCCCGAAGGAUUUGGGAAACCCAUGAGUGUACGCAAUACAUUGCAAAUAGAGCUAGCUUUGAGAUAUAAACAUAUUUCAAUCCUCCCUCUUUUCGUGACAACAUAUGCAAUGAACAUAUAAAGGAGAUACAAAAACAAAUUAAGAGAGGUAAAAGGGUUGGGCAACAAGUUCAUCUAACAUUAGUAAUUCGGUCCGUCUCCGAAGGUAUAUCUAAAGAAAAAUUUGUAUUACUGAUUGCAUUGUAUUCUCAUGGACAAUUGACAAAAGUUAUUUGGAAUAAAAAAGUUACGACGCUAAGCGAAGUGAGAGAGAACAGUGUGGAAAAAGAAAUGAAAAUGGGAGAAAACAAUGUGGGAAAUAAAAAUGAGCUCAUUACAGAAAUUAAGCUUAUGUAAGAUAGACCGAGAGAGAGGGAGAGUCCGAAGUCCUGGGUCAUAAAUCGGGGAGGGGUGUUUGGGGAGGGGGAAUCGUUCAGCUAAUACUUUAGCAGCAAGCAGGUAUCCUUACGAAACGAUAUCUAUGUUUGAUAUAUUUUUGUACUUUUAAAAGUGUUAGUGAAUUUUCUUCCUCGGUAUAAUUUUCGUUACCAAAGUAUUUAGUGGAUGGAAAAUACACACUAGGUAUAUAUGCAGAGCUCACAUGUAUGUAUGUGGAGCUCACAUGUAUAUUAUGUAGAGCUUACGGGUAUAUAUGUAGAGCUCACAAUUACAUUAUAUGUUAUAAUAAUACUCUUGAAGAAACUGCGUUAAUACUACCCACUUUUCGUUCAACGUUGUUCAUAUAAACUAAUAUUCUACAAAAUCAUAGCUGAAUAUUCGUGAAAUUAACAUAAUUAUGCUACAUUCUUCUUGUGAUUUAAUACGGUUUUAUUAUCUUUUUAUAGCACGAUUAAGAUGUUGCACAUUAUGGCAAGCAUUGUGUAAAUGUCGCACGCAUAACUUUAUUUAAGCAUGUGUCAUGAUGACUGUAUUUCCACACGAAAAUAUAUAUAUUUGUUUUUUCUUUUCGUGUUAUGUUUUAUAUUUAAAUAUUUGUCUUGAAAUGUUAAAGGGGCAUUGUUUGUAUUUUACCUGUUUCAAUGCAUGUUUUCGAACUUUGUAUGUUGUCUAAAUAUAUAAAUCAAAGACAAUUUUGACAGAAUUUAUAUACUUAAUACAUUCAGAUAACGUGCUUUAGUGAAUUUUAAUAUGUUAAUAUUUUUUAAAAGUGAUCACAUGUCUAAUAGGUUAUUGUAUUAUAAUCAAAUUUGUUAUGCAAUAUGAAUAUCUAAAUAAUGUUUAUUAACAUUUGUAUACUUUAUAUAUUUAUAAUGAUAUCUUUUAUAGAUAAUGCAUAUUUUAUACAAUUGUAUCUUGCUUAAAGUAAUAACUUGGAAAGUGAAGGUCGCGCGUUUUUUUUUUAAUUGAUGGCGUUUGAAAGUAAUUGCCUGUGUAAAUUAGCAAUUAAAGUUUUGUUACUUCAUCUUUUUUCAUUAACCUGAAUUUGAUAGAAAAAAACGGCGUAAGACAGAAAAUAGUGGGCGUUGCCUAUGUUUUAUGUUAAUUAGUCACAUUGAUUAUAACAGAUAGCUGGUGUUGUCCGUGAGUGUUUUAUGUACAUUUACUUAAUAAUGACAAUGGCGUCAUUUCAUACAAAAUUCAGUUCGGUCAUAAUCUGUGGUUAUAAAUCUUUCAUAAUGUAAGAACAAUAGACAACAAUGCUUCAUACAAAUUAUAAUAUUUAUCAUUUUACCAAAUUGUGAUUACUUUUUAUGGCUCGUGUAUAUCUGUUCGUUUUUCUUUGUUUUAUUUUUUAACGUUUCUUGCGUUUUAUAAACUUUUUAUGGCAGUUUAAUUUCUUGUUUUUUCUUCUUAUCAGAUUGUAUGUAUGGCAAUAAUUAUAUACUUAUCUGUUACUCCAAUAAAAUGCAGAAAUACG